GCAUAGUGUGCCCCUCGCCCUAUUUACACCAUUGCAAACUGGAUUGGGGGCCUCUAAAUGAUGCGUAGGGACAUCGGAUGUUCAAACACCCACCCACCCCCCUUCAUUUGUCUCUUGCUUUGAAACUAAGGAGUCGCCAUAAGUUGGCUGCUGCAACUUGGCAGCACUUUCCAACCGCUAAUUUUUACUCUACGGUCUGUCUAAUGAAGAAUUUUGAUGAACUCCCCAAAAACCUAUACUCUCCUUUGUUACUAUCUAAUUCGUCCUGUUGUUUUGGUUAUUUUUAAUAGUUUCUUCUAGUUGCAACGUUUGUUCAGAGAGACCCCCCCUUGUGUGGCACAGUUUUAUGAAUUUGUUACUGAAUUCAGACAGGAUUACCUGGAAAUAUUCUUGGUAUUUUAACCUAAACUUCUUGCAACUCAGUGUUGGCUGCUGCAAGUUUCAUUGGUACUGGUCAAGUUCCUUGCAGGGAACGUAGAAGAAAAAUAGGUUCCCAGAUUCCUCCCCCAUUUCCCCCCCUGUAAAUUCUAACAUUGUGAGGAAAUUCCAUGUGCGCUGUUUCUCAUUUUCCCUACCACCCACUAGUGGGCUUAAAAAAAUGUUAAUUACUAUAAUGUUGUAACAAUCUAUUACACUUCCCCUCCCCACGAUGAGCCUCUUCCCCCAGGGUGGGUGGGCCAUGACCAGAAGACAGGUCCUCUCCCCUUCCCCUUUUCCCAGGGUGUGUGGGCCACGACCAGUUGACAGCCCCCUUCAUACUUUGUAGCAAUUCCUCUGAAUUCCUCUUCUUUCCAGAGAUGUUUUUAUUUGCAUCUCUGAAUCAGAAAGAGCAAGGUGGAACAUCAGCAUAAUGAUUUCAAUAGGCCUCUAAUGGUAUGGAAGGAAAUAUGAAGGCCACAAUAGAUUGGUUUGAAGAAAAUAGUGCUGGUGUGGUUGUGAUCUUAGAAAAUGUGCACUUCCCAUGCAGAAGUUUGCUUAUACACCUGGACUUUGUUUUUUUCUGGAAAGAUCCUACCAAACCUGCUUUGAGACAGAACAUAUUGAGGAUGGGGAAAACCUGGAAAGUGGGCAACAAGAGGACAAUAUUGUUUUUAAUUAUACAGUCAUGCUAGAGGCAAAUGCAAUGGAAGACGGCAAAAAUAAAGAGGUGGAGGAUAUUCUUCGACUUAACGUUGGAGGUUGUGUGUAUACUGCUAGACGUCAGUCUUUAUGCCGUUUUAAGGAGUCAAUGCUAGCAUCAAUGUUCAGUGGGCGAUUUCCUCUUACAAAGGAUGCUUCAGGAGCAUGCCUUAUUGAUCGAGAUGGCAACCUCUUUAAAUACCUCUUAGAUUACCUUCAUGGUGAUGUUCAGAUUCCAGAAGAUGAGCAAACAAGAAUUGCAUUGCAGGAAGAAGCUGAUUACUUUGGCAUUCCGUACCCUUACAAUCUUGCUGACCACUUGGCCAACGAAAUGGAGUCGUAUUCUUUAAGGUCAAACACCGAGCUUAAAAAGGCACUAAUAGGUUUUUGUGACUCUUAUGGCUUAAUAUGUGUUAAACCUGCUGUUUGGGUGCUACACUAUCUCAGCACUUCUGGAGCAAGCUGUGAGAGUGUAAUAAUUGGUGUUUAUGCCACAAAAGCUGAUGGAAUGGCUGCAAUUGAAAAACAACUGGAAGGGAGAAUUCAAAGUAAAAACAUUUAUAAGAGAGAGGCUGGAAAUAAUGUGCAAUACAUUUGGAGCUAUUAUUCAGUGACUGAGUUGAAAAAAAUGAUGGACGCAUUUGAAGCAUGGGAAGGGAAAGGAGUCAGUUACUGGCGAGUUCCACAGGAACUGUUAGAAUGCUGGACUCUAGAGGAGCGUCCUUUGAAAGGAAGCCUGCAGAACAUGUCUCCCAUCCCUAAACGGCGGUUGAUAGAUUAUAGUGAAGAGGAAGAGAGCACCUUGGGCAGCAGAACUGGUCGAAAGCCCAUUCAGUUUUCAGGUCCCUCAACAAGUACCUGUAUCAAAGUUAAAAAUUCUGCUUCCUUAAAGAUAGGAGCAUGUUGUGCAUCCUCUCGGUCCCAAGUGACUCUUAAACGACCCUCCAGUGACAGUUUGUUACCAUGCAAAGUCAUAACAAAAACACUGCCUUCAGGAUCUGUAUCACUGGCUAAAAACCCUCAGACGUCAGUUAGGAGUUUGGAGAAUGGGGCAGUCUGUGAAAAGGCUUUGAAAGCCCCGUUACCCAAGAAAGUUGUAAGCAGUCGUGUGAUAAAACUCAAGCGGACUCCAUUUCGCAAUGAAUUAUCAUCCCAACACUUUUCAUCAGUACUAAGCAAAACGUCUGAGCAGCGAGUUCCAGCCGUUGCAGCUACCUCCAAUUCUGCAUCUCCAAGCCAGGAAGAAUUUGGGUUCUCACUGGAAAGAGUUAAUAUUGAAAAUCAUUUGCAGAGUGGCCUGCUCAGUGAUCGUGCAUGAUGUUUACAGUCAUGAUCCUACCAAAGGUAGUUCUUCUGAUCUUCUGAAAUGCAACCAACCAUGUCGGAGAGCACAGAAUACUGGACAGUCUGGAGGAAAAUGGGAGGGCGAGAAUUUUCACAUUUUAAAUGACAUGUCAGAUGUCUUUUAUUUUUCCUCCUUGUGGUGCAAAAAGGAUAUGAGUAUUUUUUAAAAUUUCUGUGCUUUCUAUUGGUGUCUUGUUUCUUUUUGUAGAUCAAAAUGCCUAUGCUGAGGUCAUUUUAGAAUGGAAUAUAUGCUCGUCUGUGUGUACUCUGGGCAAAAUACACAACAACAACAAAAUCAACCCCCAGAUUUGUAACCUCUCAUAAACUUUUAAUAAUUGCUUCUGCAGCUGUUAUUGUUGGUAUGAUUUGUACUGUUUUUAAGGGUCGAGGAUAGCAUCAAAGAACUAUAAAUGGCAGUGAAGCCUUCUUUCCCCAUCUUCAACCACUGGAAAUCCUUCUUAGGCCAUCUGUUUUACCUCCUGAUAUCUCCACAGGCAGUGCCCACACCUUCUUUGAAGAGGACAGAACAAAACAAAAGAUUCCUCAAAAAGUAGAAAUCCACUGCCAGUGAUACUUUCUGCAGUUUCCUGCCCUCCCAUUGACUUCAAGUGCAUACAUAGCUGUACAAAGACACAUGUGGGAUUCUGUAAUGGAGAAGAGUUUCCGAAGGACUGCAAUGAUAUAAUUUCCACAUACUCCAAGGAGAUUCUAUAACUUUCCCAGGAAAUGUGUUCAAUCAUCUAACCCUUCGUAUGAUUCAGAAUCCUGCUGAUGUUCACUGUAGCAGUUUAUGUUCUCUGCUUCUUGCCAUUCUUCAGUGGCCUUAUUUCUUCAUUGUCUCCUUUUAAAUAGCUGAAGCUCACAUUCCUUCUGACCUCCUUCCUAGUACCCCUGUUGCUGUUAUAUAAAUAGUCUCAGUUCUUGGUAGUCUUCAAAAUGUGUUCAAGAUACUUUGCCUUUUUCAGAAUCAAAUAGAACAGCCAUGUUGCAUUUUCAUGUAAUGAUCCUGUUAACCAUAGCCUCUGGCUGCACAUGUUGGCUUUUCCUUGGUUUAGUAUUUCUCAUAAAAUAGUUUAAACCAAAACCAGUCCAAUGAGGAAUUGUUGAAAGGAGUGAAGGGAAAGCCUUUUCAAGAAUUCAGUGAAAUGUGUGGUGAACUGGAAGAGGUGGAGACAUUUCCUGAUUGCCCCUCACCCACCUACAAUUCCCCAUAGGCUUUUGGUUUAUAUGCAUUAUAAUCAGUACAUGGUCUUCCUAUAGUAUAGUAAUUGAGCACUGGUUUAGUAUGUGGCCUAAAAUCUAUGAGCCAGGAUGUCAUUGUUUCUAAUUCAGUCUCUGCUGUUCUUUUUCAGCCUUACCUUUUUUUUCAGCAUUAUGUGGAUAAUAAUUCUGGUCUUCCUAACCAGGUAAAUUAAAAAAUUGUUAGGGAGUGCCUUGAGCACUCAGGAAUUAGCAUAUAAUAAAGUAUUAGUUGAGUUAACUAAGACAUGUUUCCAAGUACUUAAGUUUGAAAUGGGGACAUUCUGCCACUUACUUUCAAAAGCAGGACAAAGGUCAGUAGUCUAGUUACGAUUUGAAAACUGUUGUCAGCACUAACUAGAUAAUUUAUCAAGCAGACAGAUACUAAACGCUUCCAAUGUUAGGGAUUUCCCAUUGUGUAUAUUUUGAAUUAAUUUAGCUGAGAAUGAAUCUUUUUGUCAAAUACUCUUAGAGAUCACUUUGCUUUGUACAGGGUUAACCUCAUUCAGUGAUCAGCAUAUGUAUAUGUGUGUGUGAGUAAGUGUGUGUGAGAGAGAGAAAAGUGCUGUCAAGUUACAACCUUGCUUAGCUUCUGAAAUCUUGUAAGAUCAGGCUACCCUGGAUCAGCAUUAUGAUGGAUCUAAAGGUGCUCCUAAUAUCCUCACCAAGACUGCGUUACAAAAGUGCACAUGAAUUUUUUUAAAAAAAGAGUUGGGUUAGGUUAACUUUAAAAAGUUUUGUACCUUUUGAUUUGCCACUCUUUUUAGGCUGUGGGUGACUUGCUCUUUGCGUGUGAAUUUUUAAAAAUAAAUUUGCCAGUGUUACGUUUCACUUAACAGCAUGAUCCAUGUAAUACAGUUUACUAAACAACCUUGAAUCACAAAAGCA